GCACUCCAAAAUAUCCUCGGUUUUGAUACCGCGACGACGAAAACGUCGACCCAACAGCGUCACCAGACUCCAAAUGAUCCAAAGAGAUAAAAAAACAUUGCCAGAGUCGUGUUAAAUCUAUUUGGUAAGCGCACGAAAAGACGAUCAUUCCUCCAACUCAGUGAGUAGAAAAAGAAUAAUUUUCGUUGGAGGGGUUGUACUGUCGGUUCCUCUGGACCACAGUACAGCAUCCAUGUCAGUUGUAACCGGGUGGGUGAGCUUAUCCGGUCGUUGUAUGGGUGUGCGCAUCGAUCGAAUAUGCGUUUUCGUCAUGAGCUAUCUAUCCCAUUGGCUGUGAGAAUUCUAGUAUAACGUUUGGUACAUACGUGAAAACGAGAAAUGUAAUAUGCCAAUGCGCAACUUCGUGAAUCUCAACGAAAACGAGAUGAAAGGGAGAAAAUUAAUUACAUUUCCCUUAAACAUGUCCAAGUGAGUCAACACCAUAUGAUAGAUCAUCAUUAUUCUGAGACACUCGAAGCUGAUUCAACCCGCUACAUUAUUCACACUACAUUGUUAUGUUGGACCAGUGAAUUAAUAAAAAUAUUUUCAUCGCUAAAUUCGUAACUUGUGGAGUGCUGUGAUUCCGGCCAAAUCGACCCCUGAACAGGAAAAGUACGAGACCCAAUUAAUUCCUCAUUCACCCUGGCAGUUAAUUCAUCAACGUUGGAAUAAUCAUUCAGCUGAGAAAUAGCGAAUGAACUUAAACUGAGCCUCGAUAUGUCUCGUUGCCCUCAAUCACUUGUUCGAAAAGCGAUGGACUUACUCAAGUUAUAAACGGAAUUCAAAAUGGCCUUCGACGAAUUUUUGGUAAUUGUCUUCUGCGGUACAAUAGAGGCUAUUGGGUGUCGAAGGGAACACGGUGUGUCAUCCAGUGGACAAAGAUUUCUCCUCAAAUUAUUGCUAAUACUUUGCUGCGUCAUUGGUGCUCACUGUGCACCGCUCAGGGGCAUAAAGGAAUUGCAAACUGCUUUGCAUGAGGAUCGUGUACCACCACCAUUUCUUGGACACUGUGAUUUUGAAAGACCUUGUCGGUCAUGGACGCAUAGGCAACAUUUUCAAAAAAUAACACCUGGAGCUCGGAGAGAUGGAGUUCCCAAGACAGACGCCAAUGAUAAUCCGAAAGGACAUUUCUUAUGGUUGAGAGGACUCGGUGAAGGACAAAUAUGGUCCGUUACAAUUCCACCCACCGGGGCGCAAUGUUUCCUAGAAUUCGCCACCUAUCAAAUACAAAUGCAUGAUGGCGUAAUCAGACUCAUUAUUGAGACGAAUAAUGAUACUAGCUCUGUUGCCGCGGAGCGUUUCGGAAAUGAUGAUGCGAAAUGGAAUAUAACGAGACUCAAGCUCGGAGUCAUCAGUCAGCCAUAUCGGGUCGGCCUGGAGAUUGGUGCACCAGCGAAUGGGAGUAUCUCUAUUGACAAUAUUCGGUUGGACGACUGUUUUCCAGAGUCAAAGCCAUUGAAUACACGUAACAACUGCACGCCUGAUAUGUUCCGGUGUAAUAAUGGCUCGUGUCUGAAUAAAACGAGGGUUUGUGACUUGACUCCGGAUUGCUCCGAGGGCGAGGAUGAAAUACUAGAAUGCGAUAAGAUCCCAGAAACAGCGAAAUGCAAUUUUGAAAACGGAUGGUGCGGUUGGACAAACGCACCAGACAGCCCACUCAAGUGGAGCCUUCAUCGGGGAUCUACACCCUCCGAACGAACAGGUCCAAGUUACGAUCACACUUAUCGUAAUGACACUGGAACUUAUGCAUUUGUGAACUCUUCGAGGGGCAAUGGACUUGGGGACCGUGCAACGUUGAACAGUCCCAUAUUCAAUCCCACACCCCCAUACAGCAGCGAUCCCAAGAGUCCGUAUUAUCAGUCCUGUCAGGUGCGAUUUUUCUUCCAUCAGUAUGGUGCCUUCAGUGGCUCACUAGGAUUAUACCUCGUUCAGAUGAAACCGCAUCAGAAUCAGUCCCACAGAUUAUGGUGGAGUUAUGGAGAUCGCAGUGACAUUUGGUAUAAUCAUGCGCUCGCACUACCUGAAAUAAGAUACAAGUAUUUUCUGCAAUUCGAAGCGAGCAAGAGCUUCGCAGCGACGGCGGAUAUAGCCGUUGAUGACUUUUCAUUGAGCCCCGAGUGCUUCGGUAUUGGCGUACCACGGAAUGUAGUGGGCGAUUUCAAUUACUACAGUCCAGUUAUAGAGUCCGAGCAUCAAAUUAAACAACAUUUCGAUUUUAUGAAUGAAACAGUGAUCAGAGUAACGACUUGUGGCGCAGUUGGGAGAUACGGGCCAACGUUGAAUCAAUGCGCGAUGGAGUACAAUGGAUCUGAAUUAGAUUCUCAAGUAUUUCAUACAGCCUCGUCGACAAAUACGAGUCUUGAGGAAAUUUCAAAUUUUCACACAAUAGGACUGCAGAAGUGGAUAGUCCCUCGUGGUGGUUACUACACCCUAAUUGCCACCGGUGCCCGAGGUGGCCGUGGCUCCGGUGGAAUGGGAAGCACCCUGGGAGCCCUGGCUCGCGGAGUAAUAGAGCUGGAGAAAGGUCAAACUCUGUAUUUCCUCGUGGGCCAACCUGGUGCUGACGCGUGUACGAAAAGUCUCGGAAGGCAAAACCCCUGCACAUCAAUCACUGAUGGAAACGAAUCCCCUUCGGCGGGGAUGAGCUCCUUUAUCCGCGAAGUUAAGAAAAUAAAAUUAACCCACGGCGGUGGUGGUGGCGGUGGAGGAACCUUCAUCUUCACACUCAAACCCUCUGGCGAACUGGAGCCCAUUCUCAUAGCAGCUGGUGGUGGGGGCCUGGGAUUUGGAAAGUUCACAGAUGAUGGUAUCCAACAUGGCCAUCCCCCUUCCACCCAAAUGAACCAGAUCUAUGGUUUCGCCUUGACGGAAAAAGCUGGUGGAGCUGGUGGGGGCUGGAAUACUUCAUCCACAACUGACAUACGAUCCCAGGCAGUUGGUAAACCACUGACGAAGGGUGGACUGGGGGGCAAAGGCUGCCACGAACGUAACAAUUCCCUUGGGUUCGGGGACGGUGGCUUUGGUGGGGGUGGAGGUGGUUGCAGAACUGGUGGAGGAGGGGGUGGAUACAUCGGUGGAACAACUGGAGUUAAAAGCUCUGCAAAUGGCGAAGGGGGGUACAGCUAUGGAUAUUCUGAGCUGCUGCAUGUGUACUUCAAGGGGGGCUUGAACCCCGGACCAGGAGAGGUCUUCAUUAUUCCGGCCAUCAGUGGUUGUGGCUGUGAUUUUCGUUGUGUGGCUGUUGAUCGACAUUUGAGUGAGACCAGAUGCCUCUGUCCCCCUGGAUGGCAGCUGGGAAAUGACUCCAGGUCUUGUCUGGCUGAUGAAGUUGACAGUGCCCAUCAAACUUUCAUGAUCAUUUUAGUUGCUGUGUGCUUGACCAUGUUCUUCGCCUUCUCUGGUCUAUGUCUGAUACUUUAUAAUCGCUACCAGAAUCGGAAGGCGUUACAGGAACGCCGACAAAAUAUGUUCGGAAAUGGCACUGAACUGGCUGCUCUCCAAACACUUACGACUGAAAACAUGAUGACUGAAUUCAAUCCGAAUUACGAAUUCGCUGGCAAUUUGUACAGUAUUAAAGAUCUACCACAGAUCCCGAGGGAGACCAUCACGUGUGUCAAGCCCUUGGGUCAGGGGGCAUUUGGGGAGGUAUUCCAGGGGGUUUACAAGUUCCGGAGAAACGAGGAGGCACAGAUUGCCGUGAAGACACUGCCGACAGUUACGACAUCACAGGCUGCCGCUGAUUUCAUGAUGGAGGCACUCAUUAUGAGCAAGUUUGAUCAUCCGAAUAUUGUCAAGUUUAUUGGAAUCUCUUUCGACAAAAAUCCGAGGUAUAUUGUGCUGGAACUGUUGGCUGGAGGUGAUUUGAAGAACUUCUUAAGGGAGGAGAGACCGAGGUCGGAUAGAGCGACUAACUUGACGAUGAGAGAUCUUGUUGUUUGUGCUCAUGAUGUGGCGAGUGGGUGUAAAUAUAUGGAGGACGCGAGGUUUAUUCACCGAGAUAUUGCCGCAAGAAACUGCUUAUUGACCUGUAAGGGGCCAGGAAGGGUUGUCAAGAUUGCCGAUUUUGGAAUGGCGAGGGAUAUCUAUCGCAGCGAUUAUUAUAGAAAAGGAGGGAAAGCCAUGCUACCGAUCAAGUGGAUGCCACCUGAGAGCUUUUUGGAUGGUAUAUUCAGUACAAAGACCGAUGUUUGGGCGUUCGGUGUGCUGCUGUGGGAGAUCAUGUCAUUCGGUUAUAUGCCAUACACGGGUUGUGCAAAUAGGGAAGUAAUGUCGAUGGUAACGACGGGGGGAAGACUGGAGAAACCUGCAGGGUGUCCUGAUCCACUUUACGGUAUCAUGGCGAGAUGCUGGCAUCCCCGGCCUGAGGAUAGGCCAAGUUUCGCGACAAUUGUGGAGCGAUUGGGAUAUUGUCUUCAGGACCCAGACGUUAUUAAUCAUCCUAUGCCUAAUUACGAUAUUCUGCCGGAUUGUGAUCGAGAGAUCACUAUCAUGAGGCCAGAUCCAGAGGCGGAGUGCAUUAAUGUGAACAAUGAUCUGGACAGAUGUGGUUACAUGCAGCCGCGUUCCAACUUUCGACCCGCUGCUUAUCGGAUAGGAGUUGUUCCUGGUAUUGUCUACGCUUCACUGCGACAUUGUGACGACUUCGAGGGUGAAACUAUUCAGGAAACAACACUAGUGCAUCCGAAGGAACUAGAAGUACAAUCCGCAAAUACAAAGAGUACAACUCUCGUCGAUAAAGACUCACCUAUGAAUUUUAUCCACUUAAAUAAUGAGGAAAAUAUGAAACAUAAAUACGGAAGCAGCCUGAAUGAUAAAAAAGAUGAUUCGUCGAAUAGUGCACAAUGCAAUAAUAUCCCUCACAAACACAACUCGGCCAUCGGUGGCAGAGAAAAUUCUCACAAUGUUAACGGAGAGAGCAACAUAAUAUCUGAUACAAAUUCAGAUUCAAUAGCAGUCGCUCCACCAACGACACGACCUGAUACAGUCGCAUCUUCUCCCAACACGAGAAACUCAUCACCCAGUCACAGAGCGACGAGUCCUGAUAACGUAAAUGGACUUAUAAAAAAGAGUGCACUUAAAGCAGCACUGAGCCUUGAUCCAAGUGCACUCUAUCGUGGGACAAUCCCGUACGAGAAAAUUGCAUUUCCAUCGCCAGCAUCCGGCAAUACUGCAACUGUGGAAAUGAGACAGGAUUCUCUUGGCCACGAAUUACCACGAGAGGAAGAAUGCUCCUGCUGAAACUCGAUUCCUGGGGACUGACGUGACCGUUCCCAUUUCUACAGGCCCAAAAAAACCCCAAAAAGGUCCUGCUCAAUGCCAUCAAUAAGAUUAAAAUCUUAUGAUGAAAAGUGCAGCGUUACACGGUACUCGUCCGAAGAAACGCUCGUCUAAUAUUCACUGACGUGUUUCUAUAUUAUUUUUUACAUAAUGAGGCUGUAAUUUACAACCCUAUAGAUAAGUAUUUCCUAAUAGCCAAAGAAGGUUUUUUUGGAACUGUGAGGCUUUUAACAUCACAUCAACUGAGUACCUCGGAUUAAAUAUCACGAAGAAGGUAAUAUUUUAUGAUCAUAUUACUGCUGAAGAGCCGAACGUAAUUUGAUGCACUAGGGGUCUGCCAAUUUUGUUCAACCAAAAAAUUUAUUUAAGGUAUAUCCCUUAAAGAAACCCUCAGGAUGUUUAGUUUUUUUUUUGUCAAAUUAGAUUUUUUCCAAAGACAUACCUGAAUUUUAUGUUAAAUUCCGCUCCUUUUUUUAUCAAUUCACAAUAAAAUUGAUUGGUCAAUCAAACACCUUUUGGCAUUGAUAAUGCAAUCAGUGUUAAGAUAAAAAAAAUCGUACUUCCCCAGAGAAUAAUUAUUAAGGAUCUAUAGAUACAAAACUAAUGUGGAAAAACAGUAUUUCAUACGAAACUUGAAGCAUAAUAAGAAAGAUAGAUGUAUAUCUUCGUGUCUGAUAAAUAUACAUGUAGAUUCAAGUGAAUAUAAUGUAUGAAUAAACAAAAAUAAGUAAAAAAAACCUUAUGUACGCGAGUCGAUGGAACAUAUAACGUAGAAAUCUUCGGCGCAAACCCACUGUUAUAAGAAAUUUUAAUUUUAUAAAAUUGUUAUUUGUCGAGUGCGCCGUAUUAUUAAUUUAUCAGCGUUUUUAAAGUGGAAUAUCGGGGUAUAAAUAAUAAAUAAUUAAUGGGGUAAUGAUAAGUAAUAAAUUAGGCAACGAUUGUUGAUUUCGACCGGAAGCUUUAAGAUAAUACUCACAUCCUGUUUCUUAUUAAAUAGAAACGGACGAAGUACAGUGGUUAUUUAACAAUGUAAGCACCUCAUAGCUGGUUUAUCAUCGAGAAUAAGGGAAUCAGUGAUAACAUGUAUUUUCGAAUGGUGAGAAAGUUUGUGCAAUAUGCUCAUAUCGCUGUGCGAGUGACUUUGUCUUAUUUAGGGAGGGACUCAUCCAUUUCAGCGACGAUUCCAAAAAAAUUCAUUGUGCUAGAAGCCUCGUUGUAUUGUCGUAGCUGUACUGUUCAAUACUUCGAUUCUGAUUUUCUUUUUAAUAUUUCCUUCAAGAUCUGUUACUAGACAAAUUUGUCAUUUCUGAUAAGGGUACGCUUUGAUGAACUCCUCCCCAGGUGCACUAGAGCUAAUCAACACUCAGUGUAUUGUUUUUUCAUUGUCAUUUGCAUAUAAAUACAUUACACAGUAUUUAUCCAAUGCGACAAUGUUCUCCAGGGGACUUUGUAUUCUCUUAGCUGAAGAAUCGUCAGUUGUGAACUGAGUGUAAAUGUUGCCAAGGAUUUUUAUAUUAAUUUUUCACGCUUUUUAAUUAUCAUUACUUCAUUCUACUGAGAAAUCAACAUCUUUCACAACAAAAACAAAUGUCUAAAUUUCACAUACAUUCUGUAGACAUUGUUCAAACCCUAAAAACGUUUGAAUAAAAUGAUAUUUUAUGUGGAUUUCAACUAUGAGUCAAAAUGUUUCCUCCACCAUGCAGUUUAAAGUGAUCAGAGCUAUACGGGUCAGACAGAAUAGUAUGAGGGAACUCAAAAAACAAUAGGGAAUUUCCAUGAAGUUUCAUUAUUUUUAGUUUCCCUUUCACACAUUUUUCAGAUUAUAUGAAUAGCUAAAAUUUCACAUUCAUCAAUUAUUUUUUAAUUGUUCCUGAAACUAUGGAAUUUCUUUAUCAUUUCGGAUGAGUUCCAGUCUAUCAGUGAUCCUCUAAUUUUCUCAUCUCGUCAACAAAUCUCCAUAAGAUUUAAAGAUUAAUUGAAAUUGUAUUCCUUUGCUCCUUCAUUAAUUACUCAAUCAAUUACCGAAAAUAUGGUCGACAAUUGGCAGAUACGACCUUACAACUAAUGACUUAAGCAUAAACAAUGAUUGAUGAAAAAAUAAAUUUUAUACUUAAUGGAAACGUACGUAUUAUUCCAUAGGUGGUAGGUUCCAUUAUUAGCAGCUUAAAGGUGUAAUAUGCUCAUAAACAAACUGCUUUGUUCACUUUUAUUUCAUCUAGAAAAGUGAAAUUUAUACCCCCUCCACCCCGCAACAUCUACGACGGAACCAGUAAAUUGUGAAAAUAAAAAAAACAUCUGAAUGGAACAAUUGUAAUGAAACAAGCAAGGUAAAUGUCUCCAUGCGAUUAUUUGCUCAACAAUUCAUAUGCACAAAUAAUUUUUCAAUCUGUAUAAAUUAAUGAUGUGAAAUACAGGUAGAACUGAUACAUGAAGAUUUAUUCAUAAUUUUGUAUAGAAUUAUAAAAUCAAUACCAUGUACAAAGUAAUUCUGUGAUGUUCCAUAUUCUCUGAACUGUCUCAGAUGUAUCAAGAACGCAAAAUUGUCAUUGGAGCAAUGUGGAACUUGUAAUCAAGAAUCGAAUUGUUUGGAAAUGAGGUCACUAAUGUAUUUAAGAGAUGAAUAUUAUAUUUAUUUGUGAGGA